CUUCCCACACCCCACAGCCCAAAGUUUCUCCUUUUCCCUCUCCCUCUCAUCCCUUUGAUUUCAUCUCCAUGGCUUCUUCUGUAUCCACCACACCCACUCUGUACUUCGAAGAGAAGUGGAAGCUCUCCAAGAAAGAAGGAUCCACCAGAAGCAGGUCCUCCACUACCCCAUUCAUCAAGAAUUCCUCCCAGAGAAGGUGUGCCUUUGCCAGCAAGUGUGCCAGGCUCGUGAAGGAGCAAAGGGCGCGCUUCUACAUCAUGAGGCGGUGUGUCACAAUGCUCAUAUGCUGGCGUGACUACAGCGAUUCGUGAAGAGAAGAAAAGGGUUUGUGAGGGAGACACGAUGGGUUGUUGAGAGUGCAUAAAGCUCUCUCUUUUUGAGUCCCCUCAGUCUUUUUCUUUCGCUUUAGAUCAGAUCCCUUUUCGGUGUUAUGGAGGCCGCUUGAGAUAUACCUGUACAUAAAAAAAUUGUUUCUCUUGGCUAGAAAUUUUCAAUUUUGUUUGCUUUUUUCUUUUUUUUAAGGUUGUUCUGGGAACCCCCGUCAAUGGAGGGUAGUCAUGUUUGGUGUUACCUUUGAUAAUUUUCUUGGCUGUCUGAGAACUGAUAGAGGAGACAUGUUUAGAAUGGAGAGAUUAAUUGAAAUAUAUGAUAUAGCUUAGAGAGAUAAAAAUUCUGCCGGUUGCCUCUGCUUUUAUAUUU